AUGGGCAGCGCGGACGAGACCCAAGCCAGUUUUGAACGGGCAUUGAGGACCAUGAACCGCCUUGUGACCCGCGUCGAAGAAUCGGAUAAGAGCGAAUGCAAGGAUGUUGCUAACGCAGUCCAGGAGAUACACGUGGAGAGGGUGAACGCGACCUCGCAAAGGGAGACGGCGGCGCUCAUACGUGCACGCGUCGAGGCUGCAGUGGUGGAGUUGAAGUUCAUGAUAUUUUCCGCGAUCAACACUGCCGCGGAGCGGACCCGCGCGGAGGUUUGGCAGAAGCUCGUCGGCUUAGAAAACUCUGUUGCGAACGCGGCGGAGCGUGGUGCGAGCGCGGGGGCUAUGAUAUUGAGGACCGUGAUGGGAUCCUUCGCGGGUUACUCUGGGCCUACUGCUGGCCCCGAGCAGCCUGCGGGUCGGAUUCCCACACCCGGAGCUGGUCCAGCGGCUGACACGAACCUCCCGCUCAUCCUAUCAGGAGGUGGUGAGUCUGCGCGUCAGGAGAAGUGCACUGUACCGCAGGGUUCCGAAGGCAAGGCUAGGUACCGCGCGAAGAGAUCGAAGGCUGCGGGAAAAGAUUCCUCUACCGCGGGUGCUGCUGUGAAGGACGAUGGAGUUGCGGCUGCGAGGCUGGCCUUUGCAGAGGGCAAGAACGAGGGCACAGUAAAAAUUUCAGACGACGAGGAUGCGGAAGCAAUGGACUCGCAGAAAAAGUUUUUUGCGGCUUGGGCGGCGGCGAAAGCAGCUGGUCGUGGGAUUGCAAAGGCCAAGGACCUGAAGGAGCAGCUGUGCAUCGGGAAGGGGGCUGAGCACGGGGGACAUAAGAAUGUUGCGGCCACACAGACGCCGAUGGUCGGAGUCCGCUUUACUCCAGGAAACAAAAACUCGUUCUUGAUUGAGCUUCAUCACGAUGGGGCUCGCUUCUAUCUCGGCUCGUUUGCGCGUGCUGUGUCUGCGCGCUACUUGUCCGCCGUGGCACAGACCAUGUGGCACGACCAGGGGACGCGUGGGAAGGGCAAAAAUGGGGACGUGGGCAAGAAGGAUGAGAAGAGCGAGAAGUAUGAGAAGAAGGGCGAGGAGGCGGAGCUCAGUGAUGGGGAAGACAAGGAUGACGACACAUUAAUGUUGGAAGGAUCAUAG